AUGCACAAACUCAAGAAAGGUGAAUAUGUCAAACUCUGCUUUUUCACCAACAUUGGCCUAGCAGAUGCAGAGUCCUUCAACCCAUUGGUAGAUGACAAAGCCCUAACCCUACUCAAAGCUGACAAUGGUCAACACAUCUGGGUUCCAGCUUCAACCACUAGAGAUAAGUCAUCUGUUAUAAAAGAUGAGGACUUAACCUGGGAGCAGUCCAGAGAGGCCACCAUCCAUCUAAUAAGUGCCAUGAAGGAACAUGACUGGGAGGAAGAAAGAAUAGACAUGCACAUAGAUUUUUGGACAGCCAUCGAGGCUCACCCAUGGUGCCAUUCCCUUCAUGCUCACCUCAAGAAAGCAUUACUACUCUACCAAAGCCAACAGAGACAGAGGUGGCACCAAGUGUUGUUGACACUCAACACCUGGUCCCUAGCAGAGUUGAACCAAGAACUGCUAAAUGAUGCCCGAGAAGAGAUAUGUGACAAAGGGUACUACCAAGAACUCAACAAUCUCAGAAAGGUGUGGGUUAUCAGCAUCACAACACCACUCAACCUGACCACUCCCCCCCCCCUUCUUCUCCCUGCACACCAUUCCCCAUUCCCCUCUCUCACAUAUUCCACCAUGCUACACACUAACCCUGGCAUAACAUCCAUUGAACAACCAUACCUUCUACUCCACUCUGCUAUCUGGCAUCACACCCAUUGA